AUGAGUCUUCCCGAAGCCCCCCAUCCCAUUCCGCAACGGUUUGAGGUCGACGAUGAGACAGAGAUGGAAAAAGUCAAGCACGAGGAGCUGCCGGAUGAUCCAUUCGGAAAUGAAGAAUCUGGGGAAGUGAAGUACCGUAUCAUGCCUUGGUGGCAAGCUGGAAUGCUGAUGGUUGCCGAAAAUAUCUCUCUGGGAAUUCUGUCCCUGCCAUCUGCUGUUGCAACCCUGGGAAUUGUCCCAGCAUUUUUAAUUAUCCUUGGACUCUCUGCCAUCUCUUGGUACACCGGCUACAUCAUGGGGCAGUUCAAGCAACGUUACCCCCAGGUGCAUAGCAUGGGUGAUGCCGGAGAGCUCCUACUAGGGCCUAUCGGACGCGAGAUAUUCUAUGUCGGCCAGCUCCUGUUCAUUAUCUUUUUGAUGGCCAGUCACAUUCUCACGUUCUCCGUUUUGCUCAAUACGGUUACAAACCACGGCACUUGCACCAUUGUGUUUGGGGUGGUCGGGUUGGUUGUCAGCUUCCUUGGUGCCCUUCCACGCACAGCAGAGAAGGUUUUCUGGAUGUCUACCAUUUCCGCCCUCAGCAUCUUGAUUGCCACCAUCGUUUGCAUGGUUUCCAUUGCCGUGCAAGCACCAGAUGAUGUCGUGAACGAUAUCACCACAUCUCCCACCUUUUCAGACGCCUUCCUCGCGGUAACGAACAUUGUUUUUGCCUUUAUUGCCCAUGUCUCGUUCUUCGGUAUUAUGUCGGAAAUGCAGGACCCGAAAGAGUUCCCGAAGUCAUUGGCUAUGUUGCAGAUUGUGGACACCACCAUGUACAUUGUGACUGCCAUGGUCAUCUACUGUUACGCCGGCCCAGAUGUGGCAUCCCCAGCUCUCUCAUCGGCUGGUCCGCUUAUGAAGAGGGUCGUUUAUGGCCUGGCGAUCCCAACGGUCAUUGUAGCCGGUGUGGUUUUCGGCCAUGUUGCGUGCAAAUAUAUUUACGUGAGAAUCUUCCGAGGCGAGCGCUCCCACCAUAUGCACCAGAGAAGCUUGUUGGCCACGGGAACUUGGAUCGCGAUUGGCCUGGCGACGUGGACCAUUGCCUGGAUUAUCGCAGAGUCGAUCCCGGUUUUCAAUGAGUUGCUGAGUUUGAUCAGUGCCCUAUUUGGAAGUUGGUUCAGCUACGGUCUCCCUGCCAUUUUCUGGUUUGUGUUGAACCGAGGACAGUGGUUUUCAUCGCCGCGGAAGAUCAUGUUGACGAUUGUCAACUUGGUUAUCCUCGGUAUCGCUUGCGCAAUUUGUGGACUGGGACUCUGGGUGUCAGGCCAGGCCAUCAACGAGAGCUCAUCCAAGGCCAGCUGGACUUGUGCCAACAACGCCACUUGA